CACAUCGGUCCAACAUGGCGGCCACGUCUGUCUUCCAGAGAGUGAGAACAGGGUCGAAAAUAGGAGCUCAAUAUGAUCAAGAAGGAAAUCUUAUUCAGGUUGAAACACGGGAGGACGAGGAGCAGAGUGUCAAGCUAGCAGAAAUCCUGGAACUUCUGCUUGCUGCUGGAUACUUUAGAGCCCGAAUCAAAGGACUGGGACCUUUUGAUAAGGUGGUUGGAGGGAUGACAUGGUGCAUCACAACAUGUAACUUCGACAUUGACGUGGAUCUACUGUUCCAGGAAAAUUCAACUAUUGGACAGAAAAUAAUCUCUUAUUGUUUAUAAAAACUAAUCUCAAAACAAAUCUCAUCAGUCAAUGACUUUGUUUUGCUGUCUGCAUUAUGUAUUCUCCUCUAUUGGAGGUCAUCAUUGUUUUGUCUUAUUCUGCCUAUUGUGUUUUGAGAUUCCACGUUUAUUUGCAGCUUUUGGUUAGGGAUGUCACUCGUGGCAGGGCAGAGGGAUUCUUGAGAGAGGGACAUUAACUGCCCUGUGCACUGUGACAUGAGGAAUGUUCGCUCUACUUAUGUGCCAAUUACCUGUGCCCGGCCCCUGUGGCAUUAGCCAUUGCAGUAGACCUAAUGUUGUAGAUAGGUACUCUGUGAAAUCCCAAGUGUGCAAUUGGCACUAACGUGCAGGGCUAUCUGUACAGUUGUAUUCAUUAGCUUUCUCAGAUGUUGAUUAGAGUGUAACAGUGCAGAAUGAGGCAUGGUUGACACUGUUACUAAACUACAGCAUUUCAAAUUAAUAAAUACUAUGC